AUGGGGAAGAAGUCCCGGGCGGUACCCGGCCGCAGGCCUAUUCUGCAGCUCUCUCCGCCGGGUCCCCGUAGCAGCACCCCGGGAAGGGACCCGGAGCCGGAACCCGACACGGAGCCGGAUUCGACGGCGGCGGCGCCCAGCCAGCCAGCUCCGGCGGCGCCACCGACGACGACGACGACGACCACGGUGACUACUGCCGCCGCGGCCCCAGACGACUCGCCUUCAGAAGGAGGUCUGUGCUUACUUGGUGCAUAUGCGGACAGUGAUGAUGAUGAGAGUGAUGUUUCAGAAAAACCAGCACAGUCCAAAGAGACAAAUGGAAACCAGUCAACCGAUAUUGAUAGUACAUUGGCCAACUUCUUAGCGGAGAUUGAUGCUAUAACAGCACCUCAGCCUACAGCUCCUGUAGGAGCCUCUGCUCCACCUCCAACUCCACCUAGACCAGAGCCAAAGGAAUCAGCAACAUCUGCCCUUAGUUCUACCACUUCAAAUGGAACAGACUCCACUCAGACAGCAGGGUGGCAAUAUGAUACUCAGUGUUCACUUGCAGGAGUAAAUGAAGGAAUUCAGGCUCUCUCAAAUAGUGAGGAGGAGAAGAAAGGGGUGGCAGCAUCACUGCUUGCUCCUUUGCUGCCUGAGGGAAUAAAAGAGGAAGAAGAGAGAUGGAGAAGAAAAGUAAUUUGUAAAGAAUCAGAGCCCAUUUCCGAAGUGAAAGAAACCAGUACGACAGCAGAAGAAGCAGCAACAAUAAUAAAGCCACAGGAAAUUACACUAGACAACAUGGAAGAUCCUUCUCAGGAGGAUCUUUGCAGUGUUGUUCAAUCUGGAGAAAGUGAAGAGGAAGAGGAACAAGAUACCCUUGAAUUGGAGCUGGUUUUGGAAAGAAAAAAAGCAGAGUUACGAGCCUUGGAGGAAGGAGAUGGUAGUGUGUCAGGGUCUAGUCCAUGUUCUGACAUCAGCCAGCCAGCGUCUCAAGAUGGAAUGCGUAGACUUAUGUCUAAAAGGGGGAAAUGGAAGAUGUUUGUUCGAGCUACCAGUCCAGAAUCUACCAGCCGGAGUUCUAGCAAAACUGGACGAGAGACUCCAGAAAAUGGGGAAACUGUAAUUGGUGCUGACACUUCAGAAAAAAUAGAUGAAAAUUCAGACAAAGAGAUGGAAGUCGAAGAAUCUCCAGAGAAGAUAAAAGUACCAACAGCACCUAAAGAAGAAGAACAAGAUUUGAAAUUUCAGAUUGGAGAACUGGCAAAUACCCUGACAAGUAAAUUUGAAUUCCUAGGCAUUAAUAGACAGUCCAUCUCCAACUUUCAUGUGCUGCUCUUACAGACUGAGACUCGGAUUGCAGACUGGAGGGAAGGGGCUCUUAAUGGGAACUACCUUAAACGAAAACUUCAGGAUGCAGCAGAACAACUAAAACAGUAUGAAAUAAACGCCACUCCUAAAGGCUGGUCCUGCCACUGGGACAGGGAUCAUAGACGAUAUUUCUAUGUAAACGAACAAUCGGGCGAGUCUCAGUGGGAGUUCCCAGAUGGUGAGGAGGAAGAGGAAGAAAGCCAAGCACAAGAAAGUAGAGACGAGACUCUUCCUAAACAGACCUUGAAAGACAAAACUGGCACUGAUUCAAAUUCUACAGAAUCUUCUGAGAAUUCCACAGGUUCUCUUUGUAAAGAGUCCUUUUCUGGCCAAGUUUCUUCUUCAUCACUCAUGCCACUUACUCCAUUCUGGACUCUCCUUCAGUCGAAUGUGCCUGUGCUUCAACCUCCAUUACCUUUGGAAAUGCCACCACCCCCACCUCCACCCCCAGAGUCCCCUCCUCCCCCUCCUCCUCCCCCUCCUCCUGUAGAAGAUGGUGAGAUCCAGGAGGUAGAGAUGGAGGAUGAGGGAAGUGAAGAGCCUCCUGCCCCAGGAACAGAGGAGGAUACUCCAUUGAAACCUUCCACACAAACCACAGUUGUAACUAGCCAGAGUUCAGUUGAUUCUGCCGUCUCUAGUUCUCCUUCCACUAAAGCGAUAAAAAGAAAAGCCACAGAAAUUAGUAAUGCAGUAGUUCAGAGAUCAGCUACCAUUGGUAGUUCUCCAGUCCUCUACAGCCAGUCAGCUAUAGCUGCAGGUCAUCAGGCAGCAGGGAUUGGACACCAGUCUGCAGGGAUUGGACACCAGGCAAUAUCUGUUAGCCAUCCAGCAACAGGAAUGGGUCAUCAAGCCAGAGGAAUGACCCUACAGUCAAAUUACCUAGGACUGGCAACAGCUCCUGCAAUUAUGAGCUAUGCUGAAUGUUCUGUCCCAAUGGCAGUGACUCCCACAUUGCAGCCAGUCCAGGCCCGAGGUGCUGUGCCUACCACUGCCAUUAUUGAACCACCACCUCCUCCUCCUCCGCCACCACCACCACCACCACCGCCAGCUCCCAAAAUGCCACCAUCUGAGAAGACAAAAAAAGGAAAGAAAGAUAAGGCAAAGAAGAGUAAAACCAAAAUGCCGUCUUUGGUAAAGAAGUGGCAGAGUAUCCAGCGUGAGUUAGAUGAAGAGGAGAACUCUAGUUCCAGUGAAGAGGACCGGGAAUCAACUGCACAGAAGCGAAUCGAAGAGUGGAAACAGCAGCAGCUGGUCAGUGGCAUGGCAGAGAGAAACGCUAAUUUUGAAGCGCUUCCUGAGGAUUGGCGAGCAAGACUGAAGAGAAGGAAAAUGGCUCCAAACACAUAG